CAGGAAUGAGCUCCGAGGAGGUCGCGGGGCUGACUAGCCCAGGGAGGGACCCAGAGCUCCAGGUUACCACCAAAGAAGAUAAUUUUGGUCUAGGGGCUCCAGUUUCUGAAGCUGGAAAAUAUCAGAAUACUCUCCAGCUAGAACAAGAAGUGAGAACUCAAGAUAAAUUCAUCUCUGCACUGAAAUUACAGAUUGAAGACCUCAAACAGACAAAUCAUGCCUUGGAAGAAUAUGUUAGGAAACUCUUGAACAAUAAGGAAGUGGUAAGCGGUCAAAUAGACAGUUUAACCAGCCACAAUGAGCAUCUUUGUAAGGAACUGAUUAAAAUUGACCAACUAGCAGAGCAACUGGAAAAACAGAAAAAUUUUGUGGUGGAUACCGCCGACAAGGAACUUGAAGAAGCAAAGAUUGAACUCGUUUGCCAGCAAAAUAACAUAAUAGUAUUGGAAGAUACAAUAAAAAGACUUAGAUCUAUAAUUUUAGAGGCUGAAAAAACACAAAAUACAUCUCCUUCCAGACUUGAUUCCUUUAUCAAGACUUUAGAAGCAGACAGAGAUCACUACAAGAGUGAAGCUCAAAACUUGAGAAAGAUGAUCAGAAGUAGAUCCAAAAGUCCAAGACGCCCACCCCCAUCUUCCCGGGGUACAACCUGUGAUGUAGACCUUUUGAGGACAACACGAGACCGCGAAGAGCUUAAGUGCAUGCUGGAAAAAUAUGAGCGACAUUUGGCAGAAAUUCAGGGUAAUGUCAAGGUUCUUACAUCGGAGAGAGACAAGACCUUUGUCCUUUAUGAACAGGUAAACUUGGUUUUAAGGAAACAAAAUAUGUAAGUAGUAAUAGUUAAUUCUAGAUACACAAUUUGUUAGGUAUGCUUAAACCUGCCAAUCAAAUUCAUUUA